AUGUCAGUGUGUGAUGCUGCCUUUGACCAGCAGGAUGCAGAGGUUGUGUGUAGAGAGCUGGACUGUGGGGCUCCUGUACAGGUGCUGGGAGCAGCUGCUUUUGGCAAAGGAGAUGCUCAGAUGUGGACACAAGAGAUUCAGUGCAGAGGAAAUGAAUCUCAGAUUCACCUCUGUGCGGCAUCACCAUCAGACAAACACAGCUGUUCUCAUGAAUACAGUGUUGAACUGGUGUGUGCAGACCGUGUGAAUGUGAGGUUGGUUAAUGGUCACAGUCGCUGUGCUGGUAGAGUGGAGGUUCAUCAUAGAGGUCAGUGGGGAACAGUGUGUGAUGAUUACUGGGAUUUGGCUGAUGCUGCAGUGGUGUGUAGAGAGCUGGACUGUGGAGAACCUGUAGAUGCUCUGAGUGAUGCUCAUUUUGGACCAGGAACAGGACCGAUCUGGAUAAGUUAUGUUGUGUGCACUGGAUCAGAGUCUACACUAAAAAACUGUGGCACAACAGGAUGGAGUAAAAGCGACUGUGAUCAUAAUGAAGAUGCUGGAGUCAGGUGCUCAGAAGUCAGACUGGUUGGAGGUUCUCGCUGCGCUGGGAGGUUAGAGAUGCUUCAUGAUCAGACGUGGAUGUCAGUGUGUGAUGCUGCCUUUGACCAGCAGGAUGCAGAGGUUGUGUGUAGAGAGCUGGACUGUGGGGCUCCUGUACAGGUGCUGGGAGCAGCUGCUUUUGGCAAAGGAGACGCUCAGAUGUGGACACAAGAGAUUCAGUGCAGAGGAAAUGAGUCUCAGAUUCAUCUCUGUCCAACAUCACCAUCACAUGAAAACAACUGUUCACAGGACAACAAUGUUAGACUGGUGUGUGCUGAUGCAAUGAAUGUGCGGGUUGUUGGUGGUAACAGUCGCUGUGCUGGUAGAGUGGAGGUUCUUCACAGAGGUCAGUGGGGAACAGUGUGUGAUGAUAGCUGGGAUAUGGCUGAUGCUGCAGUGGUGUGUAGAGAGCUGGACUGUGGAGAACCUGUAGAUGCUCUGGGUGAUGCUCAUUUUGGACCAGGAUCAGGACCAAUCUGGAUGAGUGCUUUAUGUUCUGGAAUGGAAUCUACAUUGAAGAACUGUAGAUCAGCAGGAUGGGGUGUGCACACAUGUACUCAUAAUGGUGAUGCUGGAGUCAUCUGCUCAGACCAUAAACAUUCCAGACUUAUUGAUGGACCUCACCUGUGCUCUGGGAGAUUAGAGGUGAUUCAUGUGAAUGCCUGGAAUUCAGUGUGUGAUGCUGCCUUUGACCAGCAGGAUGCAGAGGUUGUGUGUAGAGAGCUGGACUGUGGGGCUCCUGUACAGGUGCUGGGAGCAGCUGCUUUUGGAAAAGUAGACGCUCAGAUGUGGACACAAGAGAUUCAGUGCAGAGGAAAUGAAUCUUAUAUUUCUUUCUGUCCAACAUCAUCUCUCAAACACAACUGUACCCAUGAGAAUGCCAUUGGGCUGUUAUGUUCUGGUUAUACCGAUCUCAGACUGGUAAAUGGACCAGACUCCUGUUCUGGUCGAGCUGAACAUCAGUAUCUCAGUAAAUGGGCCACAGUGUGUGAUGCAUGCUGGGAUAUGAGAGCUGCCAGUGUCCUCUGUAGACAGCUGAAUUGUGGGAUUGCUGUGUCUGUUGUGGGAUCAGACUGGUUUGGAGAGGGAAGUGGUGAAAUCUGGGCUGAUGUGUUUGAUUGUGACGGGAAUGAAACAAAACUCUCAGAAUGUUCCAUCUCUUCAUGGAGUCGAGCUGAAUGUUCUCAUAAACAAGAUGUUGGAGUAAUCUGCUCUGGUUAUACCGAUCUCAGACUGGUAAAUGGACCAGACUCCUGUUCUGGUCGAGCUGAACAUCAGUAUCUCAGUAAAUGGGCCACAGUGUGUGAUGCAUGCUGGGAUAUGAGAGCUGCCAGUGUCCUCUGUAGACAGCUGAAUUGUGGGAUUGCUGUGUCUGUUGUGGGAUCAGACUGGUUUGGAGAGGGAAGUGGUGAAAUCUGGGCUGAUGUGUUUGAUUGUGACGGGAAUGAAACAAAACUCUCAGAAUGUUCCAUCUCUUCAUGGAGUCGAGCUGAAUGUUCUCAUAAACAAGAUGUUGGAGUAAUCUGCUCUGCUCAUCUGGGGAACUGCAGCUCUCCACAAACUCUCAACUGCAGCUCCACACAACAGCUGUCAAUCACCUGCCUUGGUCGCGGGUCCAUCAGGCUGGUGGGUUCUGGGGGAGACUGUGCAGGGAGGCUGGAGGUUUUUCACAGCGGCUCAUGGGGGACAGUGUGUGAUGACUCCUGGGAUAUUAAAGAUGCCCAUGUGGUGUGCAGACAGCUGCAGUGUGGAGUGGCCCUCAGUAACCAGCAGGUACCAGCCUGGUUUGGUCCUGGUUCUGGACCCAUAUGGCUGGAUGAGGUGGAGUGUGAGGGGAAUGAGACGUCCCUGUGGAGCUGCUCUUCUCCAGGCUGGGGAAAACAUGACUGUCAGCACAAGGAGGAUGUAGGAGUCGUGUGCUCGGAGUUUAAAGAGAUCAGGUUAACUGAGGGCUGUGAAGGGAAUGUGGAGGUUUUCUACAAUGGAUCCUGGGGCAAUGUUUGUUACAACCAGAUGGACAGAGAGACAGUGAGUCUGAUCUGUCAAGAGCUGAACUGUGGAAGAUCUGGCAGUGAACCCAGAUAUUCAGUGGGACUGAAGUCUCAUAACUGGCUGGAUUAUUUUAAAUGUCGACGACAUGAUUCCACUUUAUGGCAGUGUCCAUCUUCAUCCUGGGGACAGAAUGACUGUGAUAACGAGGUGGCCAAGAUCACUUGCUCUGCAGAGGAAAGUCAAGAGUCUCUGCGGAGUCGUCUGACAUGUUCAGCAUCUCCUUACCAGAGAAAGUGUUCAAAUCAUUUUCCUCUCAGACUGAGUGGAGGGGAGGGCCGGUGCUCUGGGAGGCUGGAGGUGUAUCAUAACGCUGUGUGGGGCUCAGUCUGUGAUGAUCAGUGGGACAUCAGCGAUGCUCAGGUGGUCUGCAGGCAGCUGGGUUGUGGAGCAGCACUGAGGGCUGAUGGGAAUUCAGUCUUUGGUGCUGGUGAAGGUGUUGUGUGGAUGAACAAAGUCGAGUGCAAAGGGAAUGAGAUUCACCUGUGGGACUGUCCUCUCUCCCUGAAAAACCACACUGACUGCUCCCACAAAGAGCACGCUGGACUCAUCUGUGCAGUAUUUUUUACAUUGCCAGAUUUGUCAGUGUCCACUCCCCCUGCCACAACAACAUCAGCUUCUCCUCCAGUGCACUCAACAUCAGUCUCUCCUCCACAAUCUCCUCCAGCAGCGUCUCUCUCCAUCCCCCCAGUGCUUGUGAUUGUACUGGGAGUUGUGCUCUUACUGCUCUUAGUGCCACUGCUUAUACUGAUUCAGCAGAACAGAAUGAUGAGGAGAGCUCUCUCUGACUGGUACACAGGACUUCACAGGACUCAGUCUCAGACUGAGCCAGUAUAUGAGGAAAUUUAUCACAGACACAAUCAAUUUACUCAUAGAGGUGAGGCAUCAUGA